AUGGCCCUGCAGGCCUGGGACUGGGAGGAAGAGGACAGAGCAAGCGUGGGGCCCCUCUCCUCCAUGGCUAGUGCUUACCAGUCAGCAAGCGAAUAUGAGACGGAGGAAUACCUAAAAUCCAGAACCCCAGCACAUGAGUGGGAUUCUGAGGACCAGUUCAGCAGCCUGCACUCCUCGGAGGGGACAUCCUGCCCCUUUACCCCUGAUGUCCCCCAGGUUGUCCCCUGCAGAUUCGUCAUCUCGCUGGCCUUCCCUGCACUAACAGGUCAAAAGGUAAAAGCUGCAAGUUUUGCCGAGAAAAAGAAAACCCCUAAACCAGACAGCCGGGCUGCUGCCAAGGCUCGUCGAUUCUACCACAUUGAGUAUUUUUUCCUGCCCGAUGAUAUAGAACCCAAAAAAGUUGAUGUUGUGGUGUUUCCUGGCGUAGCCAAAGUGUUUCUGGAGUCAGGAAUAAAGACUGUGAAGCCAUGGCGAGAAGAUGACAAAAUUUGGGUGUCUUGGAGCCAGACUUUCAAUGUCAAUAUGACGAAGGAAUUAUUAAAGAAAAUAAACUUCCACAAAAUCACCUUGAAGCUCUGGGACACCAAGGACAAAGUCUCUAAGAAGGUCAGAUACCACCGACUGAAGACAGCCGCUUACACGGAAGACCCAGAAUCUUUCGGUAAGUCAGAGGAAGUGAAACUUUUGGUUUUAAAUCAGAAAAGGUUGUCUGCAGUUACCAGGGAAAAACCCAGCGUUGUCCUCGAGGAGUCGAGAGAGGUGAAUUCACCAGGUGAUCAGGAAAAGGCAGAAAAAUACUUGAAGCCUCUACAAGGUGAGGACCUCUUGGUAAUGUUUGAUUCUCACCAAGCAGAGCCUGAAACCCCUGCUAAGAAUGGUGACGAAUAUGAAAAAUUACUCAAGAUGGAGGACCCUUCUGCAUCUCGGUAAGGAGAGUUGCUUACUUGGUCAUUUUCUAGACGGGGCACUGUGAAAACAACUGUUUCUUUGGCUGGAACAACCAUGAUGGAGAUCAGUGAAAUCAUCGAGAGGGCAUCAUUGGGCAGCUUAACAAACAUGAUAGAAAAGCAAAAGUCUCAAUUUAAAGGAAAAGAUUCAGAGGUGAAGAAGAAAGCCCCAAAGAAAGUGAAGAUGUAUCAGACAGAGGAGGAAGCAAACAUGAAGCUGGCAGCAGCGGCCUGGAAGCCGAGCAUCUUCUCCAUCCAGCUGGCCGUCAUGCCGCUCCUUGCUGGUACUUAG